AAAAACUACAAAGGAAUGAGUCUGUCCAAAGUCACAACGACUGUCGGUUUAAACAUUGGGACAAUUGAUGUGGGCAAAGCUCGCCUGAUGUUCUGGGAUCUGGGAGGCCAGGAGGAGCUGCAGUCUCUGUGGGACAAAACGGUGUCCCUGUGUUGCAGGGAUGGAGUGAACGAAGGCAUCCAGUGGAUGGUGAAGUGUGUGAUGAGGAACAUUCACCGGCCGCCCAGGCAGAAGGACAUCACCUAAAGCUCCGCCCACUCUGGAAGUGAAGGACUCCUCCAGUUUUUCACACUUCUUUGUUGAAAGCAUUUGUUGUCGCAGUGUGACGGUGCAGGCUAUACAAACAUCCACAUGUCACGUCUUAUAUGAACACUUCAAGUUUUCACUACUUCAGGCGGGGCCCUGAAUUCAUUCUUCUUUCCAUGAAUUCAUGACUUUACUGUACAAUGAAACUGGUUGAAAUUGU